AUGAAAGAAGAGAGAACCCUUACCAAUUGCAAGAGAAUCGGCAACCAUCUCAUACUCCUAGACAAGCUCCUGGGCAGCGGCCACUACGGCAAAGUCUACCUGUCCUAUGAAAUUAGUCAGACGGAUGACAAGAGCUUGCUGAUGAACAAGCCUUUGGCCUGCAAGAUUAUCGAGCGAGAAAAGCUCAGCGCCACUGCUCAUAAACAAGUGCAAAACGAGGUAGAGGUCUUGUCUGAAGUGAAAAGCGACAAUGUCAUAUUCAUGAACACUGAUUCUGAUAAGAUUGUGUCAUAUACUUAGCGGCCACUUUUACGCAGAAGAAAUGACUUUUAUAAGUUACAGGAACAUAAACAAUCGAAAUCAUCUCAACUAUCUGUUGACUUUUGA